UUCAGAACACUCAAAAGAGUGUCGCUCUUAAUUCUGAAGCUACUACAGGAAACAGACGUCACAAUUUCGUCAACAUCCUGUGGUGACAGUUACUGUGCAUUCAGAACUCUGUUGUGUUGCGAUAGGUCUUCUCAAACAUUUUGGGAGACGAAAAACAAGAUCAUGGCAAGCAAAACUGAACCAGAAGAGAAACACCGCAAGUUAUACCGUAAGAGGAGACUCAGAGACGAAAACUACCUACGAGGCAUGCGGACUGACUCGUACCACGAAGCAGUUCGCUUCGAAUUCUUGGAUACAAUGUACGAUGAGAGCAAGACAAUGGACACUGUUGGCAUGAUUGAAGGAGGCGUUCCGUCCACUAUCGAGGAAAGGGGUUGUCGAAAGAAGGACUGGAAAUACAAGGAAAGUGCCAAGACAUUGAUACCCAUCAGGUCAAAGCCCAAACAGCCGUCUGUGAACCCACUUGACGAUGCAGGCCUGCUGUCCUUCAUGACCUUCUCCUGGCUGACUCCUUUGAUCAAAAUGGCGUACAAGGGGAAACUGACUCUGGAGAACGUCUGGCACCAUUCACCACAUGACAGGGCAGAGCCCAACUAUAAAAGAUUUGAGAGGCUGUGGAAGGAGGAGGUUGAGAGAGUCGGGAUGAAGAAAGCAUCGCUGCCCCGUACCAUCUGGAGGUUCACUCGGACCAGGAUGCUGAUGAGUCUACUGACUAUCAUCGUAUGCAUGGCAGGCGCAUUCAUAGCACCCGCUUUCGUAAUAGGAAACCUGUUGGAGUAUGCGGAGUCCCCGGACACAAACUGGCAUCUGGGAGUUGGAUUAGUUAUCGCCAUGUUUGUGACAGAGAUCUCCAGAUCAGUCCUGUUUGUGACAACGUGGUCUAUUGCCUACCGCAGUGCCACACGGGUAUUAGGAGCUAUCCUUACUCUUAUCUUCACCAAGAUCACUCGUCUGAGGAGUCUGCAAGACAAGACUGUUGGGGAGCUAGUGAAUCUCUGUGCUAAUGAUGGACAGCGGCUGUUCGAUGCCACAUCGCUGUUCGUUCUGCUGUUCGGAGCUCCCUUCGUGUUCCUGCUGGGUCUGUGCUACACCGUGUACCUGAUUGGUCCCGCAGCCGUGCUGGGAUGUUCCAUCUUCAUUCUGUACUACCCAUUCCAGGCAUUGAUAUCACGGCUGAUAUCACACCUCAGGAGAAAGGGCAUCAAAAUCACCGACAGACGUGUGCGAACCAUGAACGAGAUUCUCACUUCUGUCAAGCUGAUCAAGAUGUAUGCUUGGGAGAUGCCAUUUGCAAAUGCUGUACAUGAUGUGAGGAGUGAAGAGAGGAAGGUUCUGGAGAAGGCAGGCUAUGUACAGAGCUUCAGUAUCGGUACCUUCCCGCUGGUCACUAUUGUGGCUAGUAUCGUAACCAUCACUCUUCAUGUCAUGACCGGGCAUGACCUCACGGCAUCACAGGCUUUCACCAUGGUAGCCAUUUAUAAUUCCAUGCGCUUCGCCAUGGCCUCACUUCCGCUGUCUGUGAAAGCGCUUGCUGAGUGCAGAAUAGGCCUACAGCGUAUGAAAAGUUUGCUUGAAAUGGAAGAGAUGGAGCCAUUCACCGCCCGUCCGUCACAUCCGGGCAACUCAGUUGAGGUCAAAUCUGCCACCUUCACGUGGGACGUCGCUACGAGCGGAGGUGACCAGGAGAAGCAGGGGUCAGUUAAGGAGUCCGGAGAUGACCUUGUGGUCAACGGAAAGACAGAGAGAAUUCCUCUGACAAACCAAGGGGCAGAAUCUGAAGAGCGACUGAUGAAAACUCUCUCCCAAAUCGAGCUGGAGCUACCGAAGGGUACUCUGUUAGGUGUUUGUGGAGGUGUUGGAAGUGGAAAGAGCUCUCUCAUCUCCGGCAUCCUUGGUCAGAUGCGUGUACUGGAGGGUACAGUAGGACUGACAGGCAGUAUCGCAUACGUGGCCCAGCAGGCCUGGAUCAUGAACGCUUCUGUCAGGGACAACAUCCUGUUUGGAGAGGACUAUCAUCAACAGAGGUAUGAGGAAGCUGUGAUGGCAUGUAGCCUGACGCAUGACUUCAAUGUGCUGGCGGCCGGAGAUAUGACAGAGAUUGGUGAGAGAGGCAUAAACCUGAGUGGAGGACAGAAACAGCGCAUCAGUCUGGCCCGGGCUGUAUACAGUAACAGGGACAUCUACCUGCUGGACGACCCUCUCAGUGCUGUGGACGCUCACGUGGGACAGCACAUCUUUCACCACUGCAUCAUGGGAGCACUGAAGGACAAAACUGUCGUCUUUGUCACUCAUCAGCUUCAGUACCUGCACCUGUGUGACCAGGUUCUCCUGAUGAAGGAUGGUGGGAUAGCAGAGAAGGGUGAACACAGUCAGCUGAUGACAGCUGGGGAAGACUACGCCCGGAUGAUACAGGGCUACAUGACCUCACACUGUGAUGAGGAGACAGGGGAGGAGGCAGAUGAAGAGGAAGAGAUUGAACAGCCGACUCACAAGCUAAUGAGACAAUUUUCUGGGGAUGCUCGGUCAAGGAAACGCCUGUCCACAGUUGUCUCUAUCACCAGCAUUGGUGACAACGGGGAGGUGUGUGUGGGAGAAGAACUGGUCAUGGAAGAAGAGGAAGAGGACUUGUCUGGUAAGGCAACACGUUACCCAUACAUUGUCUUCUUUACAGGCAGCUUAAUAACAAAGGAGGACAUUGAGAGUGGCAGUAUUGGAUGGAGAACGUACGCAGACUACUGUAAGGCAGGAGGAGGGUACCUGCUGACUGUGCUGGUCCUGCUCACAUUUGUUCUGUCGGUGGGGUCAAUGGCCUUCAGUAGCCUCUGGUUGAGUCUCUGGUUGAGGCAAGGCAGUGGGAACACCACAGUAGUGAUGGGUAACGAGACCGUCAUCAGCUCCAGUAUUCGGCACCAUCCGGACCUUCACUUCUACAGUCUGGUUUACGGGAUGUCAAUCAUUCUGGUGCUGGUCAUGAUGACCAUAAAGGGCCUCAUCUUCAUGAAGUUUACUCUGCGGGCCUCCUCCAACCUUCACGACAAGGUGUUCAGGUCUGUCUUCCGCAGUCCGAUGUCUUUCUUUGACACAACUCCAACAGGCAGGAUCCUGAAUCGCUUCUCCAAGGACCUGGAUGAAGUGGAUGUACGACUUCCAUUGCAGGCAGAGAUGCUGCUCCAGAACACCUGCCUUCUCCUGUUCUCCAUUGUUUUGGUAUCAUAUGCGUUUCCCUACUUCCUCAUCGCCAUUGUACCAUUGACGGCAAUGUUCCUCUACAUCUGUAAAAUCUCCGGAAGUGCCCUGCGUGAACUGAAGAGGUUAGAGAAUGUGAGCCGGUCUCCCUGGUUCUGCCAUCUGACUGCUACUGUACAGGGUCUGCCCACUAUUCAUGCUUACAACAAGACGGAAGCAACUGUUAGUAGGUUUGUAAGUCUGCUGGACAAAAACUCCACCGUGUCCUUCCUCUUCUACUGUGCGAUGCGUUGGCUGUCAGUGAGACUGGACCUGAUUACCACAAUAAUGUCUACUGUCACCGCUUUGAUGGUGGUGGUCACCCAUGGGUCUGUGCCUCCUGCUCUUGCGGGGUUAGCUCUUACUUCUGUUAUACAGAUGACAGGAAUGUUCCAGUUCACAGUUCGUCUCAGCUCUGAGGUAGAGGCUCGCAUCACGUCAGUGCAGAGGAUUAACAGUUAUAUCAAGGGUCUUAAACCAGAGGCCCCGCUGACCAUCAAGAAAACUGCCCCAGCCCAGUCCUGGCCGUCUGAGGGUCGUGUUCGGUUCCAGAAGUACAACAUGCGUUACCGGGAGGGUCUGCCCUUGGUGCUGAAAGAUGUCAGCUUCUCCACAAGACCUUCUGAAAAAGUCGGAAUCGUGGGAAGAACUGGUUCAGGUAAGUCAUCGCUAGGCGUGGCCCUGUUCCGACUGGGGGAAGCAGCAUCAGGCUCCAUCAGUAUCGAUGACGUGGACAUUUCUACCAUCGGCCUGGAGGACCUGCGCAGCAAGCUGUCAAUCAUCCCACAGGACCCUGUCUUAUUUGUGGGGACCGUCAGAUAUAACCUGGAUCCGUUUGAGCAGUACAGCGAUGACCAAAUCUGGAGUGCUCUGGAGAGAACACACAUGAAACAAGCAAUCUCAGGCCUACAGCAUCAGCUGGAGGCGCCUGUUGUGGAGAACGGAGACAACUUCUCAGUGGGAGAGAGACAGCUGCUGUGUAUGGCCAGGGCACUGCUCAGACACAGCAAGAUUCUGAUGUUAGACGAGGCCACAGCAGCCAUCGACCCAGAGACAGACAACUUGAUCCAGACAACUAUCCGGGAGGCCUUCAGUGACUGCACCAUGCUGACCAUCGCACACAGACUCAACACCGUACUGACCUGUGACAGGAUACUGGUCAUGGAGGAUGGGGAGGUGGUAGAGUUUGAUUCUCCCGGCUCGCUGCUUGCAGACGCCAACUCACACUUCCAUGCCAUGAUGUCAGCGACGAAACUCAGCAAUUAGCAAUCAAGUUAACCAUUGCAAGUUCUGGGCUAUUUUGUUCAAAUGUCCGUUUAUAUCUAUCUAUCUAUCUAUCUAUCUAUCCAUCCAUCCAUCCAUCCAUCCAUCCAUCCAUCCAUCCAUCCAUCCAUCCAUCCAUCCAUCCAUCCAUCUAUCUAUAAAUAUGUAUUUAUUUGUUUAUCUUUAAUUUUGUACCCAGAUGAUGCUACGACAGCAAGUGUAUUGAUAUUACGUUGACAGAGAUUAUAUUGUAUUCGAAACAUUCACUGACUAUUGUUCAUUUGUUUAUAUUGUAUUCGAAACAAUCACUGACUAUUGUUCAUUUGUUUUUGUUUUUUAAAGAAAUUUUAACAGAUUUCAAUUCAAUUAUAGAGCUAUUUCAAAAAUCAAACACUUCACUGUAUGCUUCCAGUAGGCAUAUCAAACACGAUGACUUGAACUGAACUAGAAGAAUUUUCAAUGCUUGCGUCCUUUCCUAUUUAAUCUUACAUAAAAACUACGACUGAUUGUAAGCUUUAAUUUUAUGCUUAAGUUUUUUUUUCAUGAAACCGCUAAAUUAUACUACAAAAAUUGAAAAUUUAAAGACUUGUACCGUUGCUUUAAAAAGAAGUAUGUUGGCAACUUUAAAAUGUAGAGUAAGACCAUUAGGUAGAGACCACUUUACUUGAUUAGUUUUACUAAGUGCUUAGUCCCAGGCAUCAGCUUCGUCUUUCUUUGUGUGACUUUCCAUCCAUCAUUAUAACGUGCCAAAUGUCAACCUACUAUAUCAAUACAUUGUUUGACGUGUAUACAAAGAAGGGAUUACCUCACAGUUAAUGAUUAAAAGUCAUCUUAUCGGGUA